GUCACACGCCCGGGCUUGCGUUCAAGUUUUUCUGGAUGCAGCGAGUGCUGGGACCUCUUCUAAGACGAACUCUAUUCCCGCCUGCGAUAUCAGUUCGUCGUCGCCCUUCCUUUCCUUCACUUCUCUCCUUCAAACGAUCAGCGUCCCAGCUUGCCACCCAUCCGAUCCCAACGCCGUCCAUGUCUACGAAUACCUCAGAAUCUUUUGCCAACUUCGAUCUCAUCAAACGCGUCAAGCUCGAUUUUACAGACGUUACCGUCUCCAAAUGGAAGAGCAGGGUCACUGGUCUGAGCGUUAUUCAUCUGGACUACGAAGCACCUCUCGUCAGUGGUUACUUCGUCGUGGCUACCGAAAUCUUCAACGACUCAGGAUGUCCGCAUACUUUGGAGCACCUCGUUUUCAUGGGAUCACAAAAAUACCCUUAUAAAGGCAUAAUCGAUCACCUUGCGAACCGUGGCUUCUCGAAUGGCACCAAUGCUUGGACCGACACCGACCACACAGCCUAUACCGUCGUCACGGCCGGAGAACAGGGUUUCCUCCAGCUUCUGCCGAUUUACGUUGAUCACAUCCUCUAUCCUACAAUUACCAAGGCCGGAUACAUAACGGAAGUUCAUCACAUUGAUCCUAACGGAAAUGAUUCUGGUGUGGUGUACAGUGAGAUGCAAGGCAGAGAGAACACAUCUGGUGAUCUUAUGGCGCUCCGUAUGCAAAGAUUACUCGAUCCGCCCGAGAGUGCGUACCGUAGCGAAACAGGUGGGCUCAUGGAAGCAUUACGGGUAUUAACCGUCGAACAAAUCCGCAAUUAUCAUGCAUCAUACUAUGUUCCUCACAACUUAGCCCUCAUUGUUGCUGGGAAGCUAUCCAGCGGCACUUCUUCCCUGCUGCAGGUCGUUCAGGAACAAGUGGAGCCAAGUCUUAUUGCACAUGGACAAGACAAAGGGCCCCGUCCAGAGGGGUGGAAACGACCGUUUGUCGAGACACCAAGUGCAAUCAGGCCUCCUUUCUCCAAGUCAAUACAGGAGAAUGUCGACUUCCCAGACCAAGAUGAGAGCAUGGGUGAAGUUGUCAUCAAUUUCCUGGGCCCUGCCCCGAACGAGUUUUUAGAACGAAAGGCAUUAGACAUCAUCAGCACCUAUCUUACAUCGUCGGCAGCAGCUCCCCUAAAUAAAGAAUUCAUAGAGAUAGAGUCACCUUUAUGUUCCUAUAUCUAUUUCGCUGAAGACACGCGGGCGACGCGCGUAUAUCUUCCCAUAUACGUUGGCUCAGUACCUACAGCACACCUCGAUACCUUCGAUGAGAAGCUCAAAGAUAGUCUGCGUCGCAUCGUAAAAGAAGGUGUUGACAUGGAGAGGAUUGCAAUGGUCAUAAACAGGGAUGAGCGACAGCUCCGCAGUAAACUCGAAUCUGCCAAAGGGGACACUUUCUCCGGGACGGUAAUCACGGAUUUCCUCUAUGGCGCCGAAGACGGCUCAGAACUCGGACCAUCAAUGGACGAGAUCAAUCAAUAUGCGGAGGUCCGCGAAUGGACAAGCAAACAAUGGACUGACCUUCUUCAGAAGUACUAUAUUGAUCCACCAUCAGUGACUAUUACUGGCCGCCCGUCAGCUGCCUUGGCUGAACAGUUAGAGAAGGAUGAAAAAAAGCGUGUUGAGGCACAAGUCAAGCGAUUGGGUCCGGACGGACUGAAGAGAGCAGAGAUGGAACUUGAAGAAGCCAAAUCCCAGCACGAUAAACCCAUUCCUGCCGACAUCCUCAAAAAGUUCCGUAUUCCCAACGUCAAAAGCAUUGCAUGGAUACCUGUCAAGAGUUUGCAGCAGAAAGGGAAAGGUCGGGACGCUCAAAGUGCGACAACCUCUGACACGGAACUUGCGAAACACAUCAAUGCUGAUGGCGACGAAUUACCGUUCUUCGUUCAGUACGAUCACGUCGAGUCCGAUUUUAUCAGUAUACAUGCCCUCUUCUCGCUCGACCAGCUACCAGACCCACUGAAGAAGCACCUUUCGACCUACCUAUCUACAUUCUUUUCUCUUCCGGUCAUACGAUUGUCUGGCGAGCGUCUGUCACACGAGGAGGUUAUCAACAAACUGGACGACGAAACCGUCUCUUAUGAGGUUGGACUAGGGAUCUCCAAUGCAUUCUCCCAGACCUUCCGCGUCAGUAUCAAGGUGGAAACCAAUGCUUACGAAACGGCGAUUGCCUGGUUAAGGGAUCUCAUCUACGGAGCUGAUUUCAACAAAGAGCGUCUACAGGUAACUGUGGCAAAAAUCCAGCAGUCUCUUCCAGAGAUGAAACGGGACGGAAACACAGUCUUGGGUUCUGUCUGGGCGGACCUACUUUAUGACGAAUCCUCAACAUCUCGCGCCGGUGCUUUAACGGAACAGGUUGACUUCAUACCUACGCUUGCUAGACAGCUUCAAGAGGCUCCAGAACAAGUCAUCGCUGACUUCGAAGAAAUCAGAAAGUAUUUGACCGACCCCUCGGGUAUGCGAUUCUCCGUUACUGGAAAUGUGAUGAAGGUCGAAAAGCCGCGAAGCCUCUGGAAGAAGUACUUCCACUCCAUACCGGAAGGUCCUCUUACACCUGUACCUUUAUCCUCCCGGACUCUGAGCCCUGUAGGACAAAAGCCUGUCAAAAAGGCUAUCGUCAUGAGUUUACCCACGAUAGAAAGCGCGUACGUUACCCACACCACCCAGGGCAUUCAAGGCUUCGAUCAUCCUGAAUAUCCUGCGUUCCGUGUCGCGCUUGAAGUUCUCAAUGCCACUGAAAGUUUCCUUUGGCGUUACAUCCGCGGUUCAGGCCUUGCAUACGGAGCAUACGUCUCCCUGGAUGUUGAAUCCGGACUACUCAGCUUUUCCUUAUACCGGAGCUCCAACAGCAUGGGCGCUUAUAAAGAGGCUUCCACGGUCCUCAAAGGGUUAACGAAUGGUUCAAUACCGCUUGACGACACGACCCUUGAGGCAGCCAAGAGCAGCAUCGUCUAUGGUGUUGCCAAAAACGUAUCAACUGCUGGCCGAGCCGCCAUCGCUUCCUUUACAAACCAAGCCCUUAAGAAUCUGCCGCAGAACCAUCAAGUGGACCUCCUUGAAAAGUUCCAGGCUGUCACAAAAGAAGAUGUACUGAAGAUUCUUCGUGCUUACUUCCUUCCUUUGCUGGAUUCGAAGUCGUCGGUAGCGGUUGUCGUUACAGCCCCUUCAAGAGCAGAUGACAUCGUGAAGAACUUGAAGGAACACGGAUUUGAAGUGGAGAAGCGUACCUUAGAAGUAGACCCUGAUGAAUUAGAGGGAUCGGAGAGUGGCAGCGAGAGCGGAAAUGAUUCCGAUACUGAUUCUCGAAAGUAGUGGAUUGUAGCGUUAUAUAUUACUGAUAACCGUAUUUGAUGCUUUUAUCAAUUCCGUCCUUUACUGUGCG